UUACUGAUGACAGCGCAAUAUCGCUACAUUGCGGUGAAACUUGCAGCGCUAUUUCGUGAAGAUACUUCACAGAAUAAGUCUAAAGAAAAAAAUAAUUUUAUUAUAAAUUCAUUGGAGAAAGAAUUACAAACAUUAUGUCGACAUCAUAACGUUGUGGUUCAAAUGACUUUAAUGUUAAAGAAAGUAUUGUCUGUGAACAUGAGUUUAUUAUAUUUGACGAAUAUUUUUCUUUUUUGCUUUCUUGACUUUAUGCUCAUAAAUAUAUUAUCAAAGGCUCCCCUAGAAGCAGUCAUGGUCAUUAUGUACAUAUCUGGUGGCUUAGUACAGCUUUAUAUUCUAUGUUUGUGCGUUCACCAAUUAUUAGAUGCGAGUACAGAAAUAACGGAUAAAGCAUUUCAUGAAGAGUGGUACCAAGUUAAACCAUCAUUGAAAUAUAUAUUUAUGAUGAUGAUAAUAUCCAACAAUUUAGGGUGUAAACUUUCGACAUUUGAAAAUUUUAAUUUGACACUUCCUUCUUUCAUGACAAUUUUAAAUCAAUCAUACUCGUUUGCUCUUUUGAUUUUAAGAGUAAAAUAA